AUGAAGGCAUCAGUCGUCGCCCUUUCCCUUUUCGCCGCAGUCGGCCUCGCUGCCCCAGAGGCUCACUACGGCAAAUGGAGCGACAAGAACAAGUGGAGUGACAACGGCGUGAAGUGGGACGGCGAGAAGUACGACCAAUUCACCUCCGUCUUCAAGGUCAAGGCCACUCCCGACCAGGUCCGCAACGGCACCACCCCAACCGGCGGCCAGGAAGGCGCCUGCGGCUACUACGAGCUAGCCCUCAACAGCAAGAAGAACUUCAUCUGCUACAAGAUCCGCCUCAGCAACUUCGGCAACGCCAACUACUCCUCCCCAGCCGACACCGCCACUCACAUCCACGAGGCUGCCCGUGGCGCCUCUGGCCCACCACGUAUUGCUUUCCCCAACCCAGCGUACGAGGGCAAGUCGGAGGACCGUCUCUCGAUCGGAUGCUUGUCCGCGCCGUUCCAGACUGGUGUCAACAUAUCGGGCAUUGAUACUGGUUUUGGCUUCCAUGUUAAGCAGAUUGAGGCGAACCCAGCGGGUUUCUUCGCUGAUGUGCACACUGAUAAGGCUGUGCCAGGUGCCGUUCGUGGUCAGCUUGCAUAG